AUGGACGACGAGCGACUACCCAAACGACUCUUCUACGGAAACGUCGCGACGGGUUCUCGCCGUCAAGAAGGCCAGAUUCGCCGUAACAAGGAUACCCUGAAGUCCUCCCUGAAAUGCCUACAAAUCAACCCCACCAACUGGGAGGAGCUCGCACUCGAUCGACCGACCUGGAGGAGAACAGUGAAGACAGGCGCUGCGAUCUACAAAGCCAACCGCAUCGCUGCUGCCAAAGCGAAACGUGAAGCCCGCAAAUCACAACUUCGCCCAGUAAGCAACGCCGCCGCACAACCACUUCCAACGUGUCCUCGAUGUCAACGGACUUUCCGGGCUCAAAUCGGACUUGUUGGACAUCUUCGGAUUAACUGCGCCUCUCGAACGACACCAACCAUCGGCCCCCCGCUUGCCUCUUCAAUUCAAUUCAAUUAUUUUUAUUAAUGACCCGUCGGGGUCCCAUCAAAGCAAGUAAAAAACUUACAUGCAAAUUUUAGACGAUGUAGGCUGAAUCUGCACAAAGUGCAAUGCAUAGUUUUUGAGAUUAGAAGUCCGUUAAGCAAAAUGAAAAUGAAAAAAACGAGGGGUGAAUAAAAAACUCCAAAGCGAAAUUUAAAAUUGAUUGUAGUAAUUUAACAGGAGAAAAAAAACCCCUCAGAAAAAUAGCAUCAGAAAAAAUCAGGGAGGACUGGCCUGCAUGUGGCGGUACAGAAUGGAAUAUAGUCCGACAUCAACAUGGCCGAAAUAAAUGUCAGCUGUAUAUGACAUUGUGUAACGGAUUUCAUAAAAUGGUACGUAGGCGGGUCGGUCAGAACUGGCCUGUAUCGCCUUGAAUUAGAAAAAUAAGUGCCGAAAUUUAAAACUAGUCUCAAGCCGAUAGGAACCCAGAUGCGGUCGGUUUCAUUCAACCGAGUCCAUCCGAACAUGGGGUAAGGGAGAUGCGACCAGACUACUAGUAUAUGGCGAAUAUAGAAGGCUUUGCCAAGACCGCCGAUGGAGCGCAUUCUGUAAGGGCACGAUGACAACCAGUCUCGAGGCGACAAGAACCCAGAUGCGGUCUGUUACAUUCAUCAGAGUCCAUCCGAGGAUAGGGCAAAGGAGAUGCGACCAAACUACUAGUAUAUGGCGAAUACAGAAGGUUUCGCCAAGAGCGUCGAUGGCGCGCAUUCUGUGAGGGCACGAUGCAUGAACUAAAAAAUUGGAAUAAUUAACAUUUCUGGUGAGGCAUCUCAGGUAGCGAGACUACUCAUAAAGGAAGGAAACGUGAACAGAUACGGAAAUUUAAUAGCGGCAUGCUAAAUUCCCGGUGGCCCUUUCUCAGUGUCAUAGAAAAAGUUGUCUGGGAAGGAUGAGGAAAAUAAAAGUUUAAUCGAGUCAGUAUUCAGAUAUAGGAGUAGCCUUCUCUUAAAGGUGUGUAGAUUUUCUGAAGAUCUUAUAUUUAUUUGAAGGUUAUUCCAGAGGAAAGUAUACCUGGAAGCGAAAAAAAGGGAGCGCUUAGAGGUGGAGGACGCUGGAGGAGGUAUAAUUAGAGACGAGUUGCGAAGAUUGUAUGGGCGACUACUAGGGGUAAGUGUUGAAAUCCGAGGAAAAUUUGAACUAUGAUUAAUGCGAAAGAGGAGACAGAGGCCCGCUUCUAGUCUUCGAACCCAUAAAAAUUUUAGGUUAAUUAGCUGACAUCUAUCUGAGUAGGAGAUAUUGGGAUGUUCCCUAUCUAAAAGUUUUUUAGAAAAACGUCUUUGGACAUUUUCAAUUUUUAAACGACUGGCUUCAUUCAUCAAACCAAAGAAUGGGCAACAAUACUCGAGAAUGGGAAGUAGAAACAUACGAUAGAGCCUUAAUUUAAUUUCAGGAAGAUAGAAAUUGUAAGAAAUAAAGCCACAAAUCUGGGCAGCUUUGGCUGUAAUUCUGUCAGCGUGCGGUGAGAGAUCAAGAUUACUAGUGUAGCUUAAACCUAAAUCCUUGAUGGUGGUACAUUCAAUCACAGGUGUUCCUUGAAAGACCACAGGUUGGGGUAGCCUAUCAGGUCCAAAACACAUAUAACGACAUUUAGACGGAGAGAAUUCCAUUAGCCAUUUUGAGCUCCAAGCUGAGAGAGCAAGCAAGUCAGCAUGGAUUUGCUCCAGGCAAUGAAGACUCGUAGAUUUAUUGAAAGAAUAUACACAUUUGAGAUCAUCGGCAUAAAUAAAUGAUUGAGAAUGUUUAACUGCGGCUGAAAUAUCAUUUAUGUAAAGCAAGAACAAAAGAGGACCUAAAACGGUACUUUGUAGGGCACCGCUCACAAUAGGACUUUCACUGGAAAGUGAAGAUCCCACCAAAACCUUUUGUUUACGAUUAGACAGGUAUGACCUGAGAAAGUCUGUUAGUGGACUGCGAAUUCCCAUAGCUUCCAAUUUAAUCAAGAGUCUUUUAUGUGGCACUUUAUCAAAGGCUUUACUAAGAUCAAAAUAAAUUACGACAACAGAUAGGUGAUCAUUACGAAGAGAGGUAAGUAGAUCGAGAAACGACAGAUGACAUAUUUCACAAGAGCGAUCUGGUAAAAAACCAUGCUGGGAAGGGCUAAUAACUUGAUUGGCUAUGCAAAAUUCGGUAAUUUUUACGGCGAUAAUUUUUUCGAAGAUUUUGGCUAGAGAGGGUGUUUUAUGUACACCUCGAUAGUUCUGUACGUCUGAACGACAGCUAGACUUAAAUACUGGAAUAAUAAUAGAAGUUUUCCAAUAGUCAGGGAAGAAGCCAUUUACGAGAAAUACUGAAAAGAUUUUGCUAAGCAGAGGAGGAAAAUCUCUUAGCUGUUUUAUCAAAGAGUUCGGGAUAUUGUCCGUACCUACUGAGUGAGAGUUAGGAAGAUGGCUUAUCAGUUUUUGAAUACAUUCAGGAGAAAAAUUAAUGAAGCUAAGAGAAGCAUCAGACAACGAAGGAAUUAAAGGGAUCGGAUCAGUUUCAAUGGUGAAAUGCUUGGCAAAGAACGAAUUUAAAAUUUCUGCUUUGCCUGACUCCUCUGUAAUGAAGGCAUCACUUGCACUAUGCAAGGGCGGAAUGACUUGGUAGGACUUAGCAGAUGAUCUCUGAUGGAAGAUCUGAGCAACUGAUUUAGAAGAAUUCAUGUUACUAAUAGCUAAAGACUCUCUACGCCUAUGUCGCUCGAGCCUCAUUUUCGAAGCUAGUUCAAAUAUUUCAACGAUUCUUAGAUGAACUGAUAAUGAACUCACAGAAGGAUCUUUAA